CCGCUCUUUAGAGCCCGACAACGCAUCCAAGUGGUAUUCGACCGACGUUGUAUGCAACAUGGGGUGACGUGUCCAGCCACGAGGGAGUGAUACGCAGUCCAGACUUCAUUCCAUGAGCACUCAGUCAUUUUGUAACGUCGGACUCAGUAGUUCGUUGCUUCUCGUCAGUGACACUUGAUACUUCAUUCCCCGAUUUUUAUCCACCUUGCACCAUGCACGAUACACUAAAAGAUCAACUAGAUCGGGAAGGAUACGUGGUGUUGGAGGACUUCCUCCGUCCAGCCGAGUGCGACGAGUUAAUGGCUGCGGGUCUGGAGCUCACUAAAAACCUUCCUGAUAGUGAGGAGAGAGCGAUCUUUAGCACCACACAACCUGAAAAACAGCAAUUAAAGGAUUCAUAUUUCUUGGCAAGCAACGACAAGAUCAGCUACUUCUUCGAGGAAGAAGCUUUCGAUAAAGACGGCAAACUCAAGGUGGACCCCAGCAUCUCCUUAAACAAGGUGGGUCACGCACUGCACCUGCUGCAUCCUAUCAUCAGAUGUUACACGUACAGCGACCGCGUCAAGUCCGUCUGUCACCAGUUAGGUUUUAAGGAGCCUGCCGUCGUCCAGAGCAUGUACAUUUACAAGAACCCCGGUGUCGGAGGUGAAGUGGUAGCACACCAAGACGCAUCGUAUUUAUACACUGAGCCGAUUCCCCCUGUGGGAUUUUGGAUCGCUUUAGAAGACACAACAGUCCAAAAUGGGUGCCUGUGGAUGGCUCGAGGCUCGCACAAGUCCGGCGUACAUAGACGACUUAUCCGAAGCCCAGAAAACAACCAGACGUUAAUUUACGACAAACCCGCUGCCGUGUAUCCGCAGUCGAGCUUCACAGCUGUUCCUGUUAGUAAAGGUACGUGUAUCUUGAUACAUGGCAACGUGGUACACAAGAGCGCUCACAACCGUUCUGACAGGAGCCGCCAUGCCUACACCUUCCACGUCAUCGAGAAGCAGGAGAACACAUACUCGAAGGACAAUUGGCUUCAGGAAGGACCCAAUGCACCUUUUCUAAAUUUGUUCACCACACCACAAAUAGAAUAAUUAACGUAACUUAAACAUCUCAUCACCUAAAUAUAAACCGUCAACUCGAUGCAAUUCAAAAUGUAACUAGGCAAGUUUUGUUGACGUCACGCAUCUCGAUACACUAUAAUACAAGACAAGACUCAUCUUCCAUCAAAUCACUUAAUACGACACGGUAAGGUCAAAUGAAACUGUUAAAUAUUUUAGCGUAAUAAGGAAACGUCCUUGUACAACUUUAUAACAAGGCCAAUACCGACGUGAAGGUGGCCACGUCAGGUAAUAACAUUUAUUAUUGGUAAAGUCAUGUUUUCACCGAUUGCUACACGUUGAAAAAGAACUUUUUUUUUAAAUUUUAAUUACAAAUCAGCAGUGGCGGAAAAAACAAAUAUAUGCGAUUGUGGAACAAAGUUUCAUUUCUAAAGGCUUUAAAAUAAAUAUACGAUUUCGUGCACGAUGCCACAGAGUACGGCACUAGAUUUUUUUAUUUUUAAAUAGAACAGUUUUAUUUUACCUCUCUCAUAAGAUAGGUCUUAAAAUUAGUACUUGCCAGCCGCAAACACCGACUAAAUGUUUGUAAUAUACCUAAUUAGGCAAACACAUAAAAGCUCUCGGAUAUUGUCCUUACGAGUGGGCACCUCAACUAGCUUUUAGUUUUUCACACAUAUUAUUGUUUAUUGUAGGUACUAUCUACCUGAGCGUGUUUGCAUUACAUUUUUUUACUGCGAAUGCAAUACAUUUAUAUUUUAUUAUAAAGUUUAUUUCAAAAGAGUG